AUGAUUAAUAGGGAUAACUGGGGGCAUUCGUAUUGCGACGUUAGAGGUGAAAUUCUUGGAUCGUCGCAAGACGAACAUCAGCGAAAGCAUUUGCCAAAGGUGUGCGCGAUUUCGGUCGAGCAACUCACUGGCGACGUAUUAAAAUUCUUCUUAGAGGGACCGGCGUCUUCGAGCCGCACGAGAUUGAGCAAUAACAGGUCUGUGAUGCCCUUAGAUGUCCUGGGCCGCACGCGCGCUACACUGAAGGAAUCAGCAUGUUCUCCCUGGCCUAGAGGCCCGGGCAACCCGUUGAAACUCCUUCGUGCUGGGGAUUGGGGUUUGCAAUUAUCCCCCAUAAACGAGGAAUUCCUAGUAAGCGCGAGUCAUAAGCUCGCGUUGAUUACGUCCCUGCCCUUUGUACACACCGCCCGUCGCUACUACCGAUUGAAUGAUUUAGUGAGGUCUUCGGACCGACACGCGGUGGCUUCACGGCCGUCGGCGUUGCUGGGAAGU